CUUCCGCCAGCAAUUGCCUUCUUCCACGACACAAUGGCUGACGGUCCACCCUCUAUCCCGGGGCCUCUGCCCUCGUCCUUUGACAGCGACCAGGAUUUCUACAACGAGCGUCCGAUGCAGAAGGUCUUUCGCAAGAUCAAGGAGGAACCUUUGAUCCCGCUGGGAAUUGGUCUGACCAGUCUGGCCUUCGUCAACGCCUACCGAGCCCUCCGCCGAGGCGAUUCGAAGCAGGCGAACCGCAUGUUCCGAGCCCGAGUGGCAGCCCAGGGAUUCACCGUGAUCGCGAUGCUGGCGGGCAGCAUGUACUACCAGAAGGACCGCGAGAAGAGCAAGGAGCUGCGCCAACUCCAGGAGCAGCGGGACGCCGAGGAGAAGCGCCUCAAGUGGAUCAGGGAGCUCGAAGCCCGAGACGACGAGGAGAAGGCCAUGAAAGCUCGUCUGGAGCAGAGGAGACAGCUGGUGCAGGCUCAGAGGGCCGAGGAGGCGGAGGCUGCGGCGGCGGCGGCGGCGACCACAGAGGAGAAGCCCGAGGCGACGUCCGGCGGAGCCGGGGGCAUCCUCAGCCGGAUCGGCCUGUGGCCUCAGGGCGAGAAAAAGGAGGAAGAGAAGAAGGUUGCCGAGGAACUUGUGGAGGAAACUGCAGGCGACAAGUCGGGAAAAAAGAAGAAUCCAAAGAGCUCUCUUGGUGAUCUCGGUGAGAUCAUCUCGUCCCAGAAGAAGGACUAACUCAACAACAACGGCACCCACAAAAAAAAAAGCUGGAGCCGGAGCGGAGCCUUGUACAAUCACUUUGAAGCAUACUAUGUACGAUAGCGGAUGGGCGGUGCCUUUGAGCGCAGCAUGGCUCUACUCUUAGAACGGUGUUAAUGAUGGAUAACGUCAUGAAGCUGAUGAUGUCGGAGGCGCCGGUC